UUAGGCAGAUGCUGGACUUGGAACGAGUCAGCAAGAGACAGAGAACGGAGGAAUAAGAGCAGACGUGUUUCGCUUAGUUGAUGAACUUAACUGAGGUACUUGGAAGCAGAAGACAAUAAGAAUCUGUCCAUUAUGUCCACCGAAGAUUUCAAGGCAGAGGUGAAAGCAGGGAACCUUGCCAGAGCUGUUUCCAUAGCCCAGGAGAUCAUGAAUCGCAGAUUUGCCGUUGCUGUCAUUGGAAUGUUGGGCUCUGGUGUAUCAUCCUUUAUCAAUGCAAUCAAGGAUCUGAAGAAUUAUGAUGCAGGAGCUGCCCAAAUUGCAUUGGUGGGGAAAAGGACAAACAGAUCACCUACCUCCUACAGACAUCCUACAGACCUUAACUUGUACUUUUGUGACAUGCCAGAGAUCUCAUGUUCAGAUUUUAAAGCAGACAAGUAUCUUGAGCAGGUAGGCUUUGACCCAUAUGACUUUUUCAUCAUAAUUGCCUCUGAGCGUUUCAUAAACGUCCAUACUGAACUCGCUAAGGAAAUUCAGAGAAGGGGAAAAAGCUUUUUCUUUGUACGCUCCAAAGUGGACAAUGUGUUAGCUGAAAUGGCUGAGGAGAGCGACCUGCGAAGGAUCCGAGAGGAGUGCACAGAGCGCCUGCGAAUAGCAGGUCUGACUGACCACCAGGUUUUUCUCAUAUCCAGCAGUAGACUUUCCUGUUAUGAUUUUCCCCUCCUGAAAGAAACUUUAUCAAACAAAAUCUUAAGUCAGGAGAGAGAGAAAUUACUGGACAUCUCACAGUCCACUCUGCAAGAGAAAAAAAAAGAAAAAUUGAUGCCUGCAAUUGGAAAAAGCAUCCAGGCAGGUGGGGUUGCUACUGCUGUUUGGCUGGCUCCCUUUGAUAAUUAUGAUGCUGACAUCGUGAUAGAUAUCGUAAAAGGCUAUUACAAAGAUUAUGGCCUGGAUGACGACUCCCUCUCUACUCUCGCUGGGCACGCUGGGCAGGAUGUCAAAGAUCUGAAGGCUGUGAUGACAUGUCCACAGGCCUCAGAAAUAACAACCAAUUAUAUAAGUGAUAUACUGAUUAAAUAUACUCCUAUAGAGAGUAAAGUUCUCCGGCGGGUACCAGUGCUAGGUGGAGCUUUUUGUAUGGCAAGAACAGGUGGUGUGAUGCUCCGCUUUUUGAAUGAACUAACUGAAAAUACCAACAGCGUUCUCAGAAAGGCUUUGGAGGGAAAAGGGAGAAAGUCAGAGUAACCUAACAAAAAAUUCAAUUCACUUGUUGUGCAAGAAAGACCUAGAACCAGAUUCUGAUCUUGGUUUCAUCAGUGCGAAGCCAGUGGACUCCAAUGAAAUCAACAGAACUGGAUUUACCCUGGGAUCAUUGACAGCAGAAUUUGGUCCCUGUUCUCUGAUGGCGAGAUUGUAGAUAAAUCUCUGCAUUAAGCAUCUUCACAUAACUUUCAUAUGACUUUGUAUUAAGUCCUUUGAUAUAGAAACUUUGUGUUAAGCCUUGGUAUAAUGUUAUAGCCCCUAAGGAUAGUUAAGGUAGAAGAGAAAUGUCUUUUUGCUAGGAGUAGAAUAAGAUCUUCCCCCCUUUU